UCGACCCACAUUGCAAGUAUGUCCCGAAUGCAACCGAUAAAGAACCUGGCAGAAUGUAUAAAGAUAUUGAAAAGAUGCGAAGAAAGUUCCCAGAUGUCUUCCCUUGUUAUCUCGAGGAUCUUUUUUCCAUCCAGAACUCAACAAUGUUCAGGCUUCCCUUAAGAACGAAGGAAAUGGCACAAAUUUCUGAAAUAUCGUCAGCUGCGGUAACAGUGAAGAAAUUAGACGAGAUGAUGGAAGACCUGAAGGAGGAGCUGUUCGACAUUCUCCUUUUUGUUAACAAUGUGAAGAAGAUUAGUCUUUGUGGAAUAGAUGAAUCAUCAGGGAAGCUGACGGACAGAUACUCUGUUGAAGUGCUUCUGUCCGAAGACGAUGACAAGAAGAGGAAAGCAUUCGCUGAUUGUAUCAAAGGGAUCGGGAAUCGUGCGAAAGAGAGCAACAAUUCCCUACCCACAAGCGUAAAUGUCCAAAAGUGUCUGUAUACUAUGAAGUUGAGAGAUUCAUUCGGCAGAGAGGAAACAUGGUUGAUUGUCCAACAGGUUGGCUUUAAGGAAGCGGUGGACAAGAGUGUUGUCGAUGCUUUUAGGAAACAAAAGCUGGGGAUGCUUCCUCGAGGUGGUGUUGCGUGCCUUCUGGAGAGUACAAACUCAAGGGAGCAGCGAGAAAGGAAGAAGAAAGCGUACUGCUUUCUUCCACUUCCACUUGAAACUGAUUUGCCAGUUCACAUCAAUGGGCACUUUGCUUUGGACCACGAGGCAAGGAGAAAUUUAUGGAGAGAUGUAACCGGCGACUAUAGGACUGAUUGGAAUAAUGCCUUGUUGCGCGACGUCAUUGCGUCAUGCUAUCUGACCCUUCUAGACGGAGUUCGCGCUUUCCUCCAUUUGCCUAUCGUACAGGAUCGUGCUGAAUCUCGUUCUGAAUCUCGCAGUAAUUGUAGAAGUACGACUUUACGAAAGUUAAGUACAUAUGAGGAGCUCUUUCCAAGGUUACCCAUAGAAGAUACGUAUUGGAAGACAUUGGUUGAGGCAGUCUACCAAGUGAUGAGCAAAAAGGGGAUGCGCUUGAUCCCACUAGUGAGGAAAGCGGAGGAGAAUUCUAGCCGCCGCCGUGAGGAAUCCUACGGUUCUGAGAGAGUACAGGUAGAGUGGUUUCCAUUGUCAGGUACCGGUAAAGAUAAAAUCUACUUCAACAAUCUCGAAAUAAAAGGCUGUUUUGCAGCGAAACCCCCAAAAUUUGGCCUCGAAAGCAAAGAAGAGAAAGAAGAAAGAAAAAGAAGAGAAGAGGGAAGAAUCAAGCGGAAGUCCAAAUUUGAAGAAACCUUGCUCGAGACUGAUUUAAAACUUGUCGCAUUUUCAAUGACCACUUUCGAGUCACUCAAGAAGGCAGAAGUGGAAGUGGUUUGUCUUUCACCUACUGCAGUUAUGGAUUUCUACAAAUCUUUUAGUGAUCCUGAUCCGCUUUGCCAUGUUGGAAAGAUUCCAUGCCCUGUGAACAAGACGCCAUUCAAAAACGAGCAAGGAGUGAUCCGUGUCCUCAAGUACUGCAAAGACGAUGACCAUUUUUUGAAGAAUCUCUCUGGACUUCCACUGCUUCUUACUGAGGACAACAACUUGAAUGCCUUUAGCGAAAGUAAUCCCCGAUGUCUGAGUCGCUACCAAAAUAUUUUUCCCUGUUCCCCGUCCAUUUUUGUUCACAGAGAAGUCCGUAGCGACAUUUUUAGCAGCCCUGAAUGCGUAAAGUCCCCCGUUUUUCGACCUUUGGAUGUACAAAUGUUCGCCUCGUUGUUACACGAAACCCUACCGUACAGCUACAUUAGCGAAGAUCACUAUGUGAAAUGGUGCCCAGAUGACCCAUCUGCCACCUUGCCUAAUCACCAGUGGAUCUAUAGGGUUUGGAGCUUCUUGCAAGAGUUUGUCAACGAUGCAAUGACUAAAGCAGAGAUAACUGAGGACUGUAAAGAAGAAUUCAUUCGUACGCUGCUUUCGCCACUAUCUAAAUGGUGCCUUCUUCCCGCAACGAAAACGAUCCACGUGGAAAGAUCCUCCACAUCUUUUUCUUCAAAGACUGUUGUGAACAAACGAACAUUGACAGAUCAUUUCUUGGUGCCGCUUGGUAUGGCUGAAACUGUUCUUGACUUUUCUGACUGUGGUAUCUCAGAUCGGAAUCUGGCUACUAUUGUAGGAUCUUUGGGCUUACCAAAGGUUAAUUCAGUAGUAAUUACAACAAUAUACUUGCUUACCACACCUUACACCAAACCAGAUUCGUACCAGUUCGUACGUAAUCUCGUAGCCUCUCUCAAGACACCAAAGUCCCUUCUUACAGCACUCAAACAGGCUCUAGAAACGGAUCCUCUUUCCCUUGAGGGGAAAUUACAGCCCUCACAUGCAACAGUUGUCCUAGAGUACUUUAACCGGAACGUGCAAAGUCUCACAGAUGUUGACAAAGAAAUCUUGAGGAAGCUGCCAUUUUACCCCACAGCAAGAGGUGGUCUUGCAAAACUCGAGGAGAGAAAAUCGUGUAUUAUACCUGAUGAAUUACCCGAAGAAGAGAUGGAUGUUGUGGAAUCAGUUCUUGACUGUUUGUUUUUGAAAUCCAACUCAAGCCUGUCAGAUCUUUAUGAAUUCUUGGACGUUGAAAGUGUCUCUCCUGUUGAAGCGUAUCUCGAGUUUGUUUUCAAAUGUUUUCCGUAUUUCAGUGAAGAAGGAACAUUGGCUCAUAUCAGAUAUAUUUGCCAAUUUCAUUAUUCAGGAAGUUCAAAACAGAAAAAUGAAAGAGAAAUCGGGAGGCAAAAGCUGUUAGAUUAUUUGAAAACAGUAAAGUUAAUUCCAAACAAGGACGGCACGUUGAUGACUACGUCGAGUUUCUGUGAUCCCCGAAAUCCUGUUUUCAAGUCCAUGCUAACAGAGGACGAGUUUCCACCAGACCCUUUCGCUUCAGAAGAAUGGUUGCCCUUUUUGGAAAUGAUAGGCCUGGUGCAGAAUGUUUCUAAAGAUGAUUUUCAGAGAUUUGCUACAGAAGUUGCACACGAAGCUGCCACAAAGCGAAAUAAGAAUACAUUCACGAGGUCACGUAUUCUGGUGGAUCACCUAAUCUCUCGACCCAAUGUAGUGGGUGAAGGUCUUUUACAAAUGGUCUGUGAUAUUCCCUUCGUAGCUGCAGACCCUGUUACAGAACCACUGCUAACAGUCUGUCGAGCUUUAGGCGCAACAAUGGAUGGCGAAGUUCCCUUCAUUGCAUUCAAAGGGGCAGUUUUCAAGGAUUACGAAGACAUCGUAUGGACGAAAGCACACUUGCUUCCAGGGUGGGCAGAUCCAAGGUCUCGUCAAUACGAAUUUGAUCGUCCUCAUGGUGUCAACAUCGAGCAGUACUGCAAUUCUUUUCUCGCCCAGCUCCAAAUUGUGAAGAAGCCAUCGGUAAAUCUUGUAGUUAGUCAUUGCGAAAACAUUUGCAUCCAUUUUGAACGUAAAAGCAAGAUAGAAACUGCUUCACGUGAGCAAUGCUCCGCGGUUAAGGCGGUCAUGGAAAGUAUUUACGCCUUUCUGCAAGACAACGCGACCACAGGCAAUGAAGCCAAAAGGGUUCUGGAAACUACUCCUUGCAUUUUAGUUGAAGAAGGAAGGAGGUUCAUUUUGCCCAGUCAGGCAGUCCUUGAGUUGUACGAAAGUCUUGAGAUUAAGCCAUAUCUAUACAAAAUUCCCCCCGACUUUGGCAAGUUUCAGCGAUUGUUUGGGUACCUGGGCUGUUCCAAGGCUGUUGGAGCUACCCAUUAUGCUAUGGUUUUGGAGAUGUUGCGGGAAAGUAGCCGGAAUGACAACUUGCACCAAAAUGAAUUAAGAAUGUGUUCCAAGGCGGUGAAAGGUUUCUUGGCAAGGCUUCAAGACCAUCCCGAUGAAGCGUCAGCAAUAUGUAAUCUGUACUUACCAGCGACGUUUCCUGAAUAUCUGUACCUACCAGCAAAGUUUCCAGAAACCGGCUCCUCUGAUAAGCCUCUGAAACAAAUCCCUGUGACUUUGCACAAGUCCACUGAGCUGGUUUUCAAUGAUGUACCUGCCUACGGACCAAGGAUCGCGAGGCUCAACAUACGUUUUGUGCUUGAGCUCAGCCUGCUGGAUGUCAGACCAACAUCUGCCAUGACAAACUACGAAGAGCUAAUGAUGAAAUUGCCUGUACCUUUACAACCAGUGACGCUGUCCUCUGUGGUAAAAGAAAAACUCACCGACGGUGUAAUAGUGACAAGUGGAGCUGUCAAUGCAUUGAUGACGCGGCUUUUGUCUGCUCAAUUUGUUCGGGGCAUUGUCAGAAUUAUUCGACACGUUGACUCGCAGAAGAAGCAAUUUGAUGAAGGAAUAGCCGCUGAUAUUGAAAAUGGUCUUCGAAACAUAGAGCUUUGCGCAGUAGAAAGCCUUAAAACCUCACUCUUUCACAACGGUCAACUCAUUCCCGGAAGUGAGGAUUAUGUACCAUAUCUUCAAGAGAAAGUUGUGGCGUCUGGCAAGGAAAAGUUGAAGGUGUAUUUGAAUUCUGUAACAGGAAUGAGCGACGCUAUUUCGGCUACGUCCCAGGUAAUUGAAGAGAUUUAUGGUGAGCGUCUGGGAAAGAAAAUGGUACUAAUUCCUGAGAUGCUGCGUUGUCCGCUUGGUGACAUAUGGCUUCUACUGAACAGUAGGCGCAUUCGACGAGAUGACACUUAUGAUGGAUCAGAAAUAGGCAUUUAUGCAGAGCCAGGUGGCUUCAUUCCAAUCGAGGAGCAUCAUCUGCUGAAUGACGCCUUUUUGGAAUUUGAACCUGGGGAAUAUGUAGGUUAUCAGCUGCAUGACCCGAGUCUUCAACUUGGGGAAGGAGUCGCCACGUACAUCUACGCUAUCAUUAUCAAGGAGGUCGAAGUGAUCGAUGAAGAUGCCAUUCUCUUGACAAAGAUGUACCAAAUCAACAUUGGAUUCGACAGAGAACCAAUUGAGGUCAAUGCUGCCGUCUUGCACAAAUUCCACCGUAUACAAGAUAUAUCUGAACGGGAAAAAGAACGCCCCAGAAACAGAAACAGAGAGGUGAUUUUUCAAGAGAUUUCAGGGCAACUGAAGGAUGCAUGGAGACUACCAGAAGAACAAAAGCGACAAAUCGUGAAGCGGCUAAUUCUACGUUGGCAUCCAGAGAAGAACUUGGGAGAUGAAGAAUUCUGCUCAGAGGCGUUUGAGCACAUCAAGAAUGCAAUCUCGCAACUGGGUGGCUCUUACGACGACUAUAUUGAUGCUUGGGUAACACGUGCAAUAGAACAUGGCACACGGCGUGAGGAGUACAGAGAAAGACUCGCCAAUUCGGACAGGUCCUGGGAAUCGUCAUCAUGUCACAUGCCUCCAAGGUUCUGCAUUAGAAAUCCUCAGCCUGAAGAGGCUAAGCGUUGGUUCAGACAGGCGGAAGCUGACCUUGCAGCCGGUGCAAAUGAAAUUGAUUCCAGCAGGCCUUCUUAUGAGUGGGCAUGCUUUAAAUGCCAUCAGGCAGCAGAGAAGGCAUUAAAGGCGGCUCAGUACAUGAUACAUGCUGACAAGACUAGUGAUCACAACUUGGUUCAGAAUUGCAGUGGUUUGAAUGAUUCCGAGUUAAUCAGCUUUGCCAGCGGUUUGGAGACACUUGUUGUUCGUUCGGCUCGCAUGCGUUAUCCAGAUCAGGUGUCCUUCCCCAAGAUCCCAAACGAAGUUUACUCGGCCCAGAUGGCUGACCAGGCAUUCCAGCUUUCAGAGAAUAUCUUGAUGCGGGUCAAAGACAGAAUACCCUAAGGGUGUGGCAAGUGUUUGGACUGAGAAUGUGCAACGAUUGAUGCAUUUCAGAUGUUACUGCCAAAGUUCCUAUGCACGUGUUCAUCAGUAGCUGUACAUUUAAUUGAACAAUUCAGUUUUCAAAACGUCAAGUAAUGUAUGUAGAGUGAUCCAUGUUUCAAGAAGUGCUGAUGGGGAAACAUCCAAACCCGUGCAUGUUCUCUAGCGUAGAGUUUACGGUUCUAGUACGUGUCCUUCUAUUACUUCUUAAAUCUGUAAAAACCUUCGCUCUAGGUUUUCAAAUAUUAGCCAAAGUGUAAAGACAUGACUCCAGUCAAUAUUAUUACAAUACAUAGCUUUCUUUCAUAGAGAGGAGCAUAGCUUAGCUUCAGAUAUUUUGUAACGGUAAAGAGAACAAAGAAAGCUUGCCUUUAACAGACCUUGUGUCAAUGCAGGCAAAUAGGAGACGUUCCCAUAUUGACAGUGGCAUCGGGGAAAUACUACAGUUUGUUAGUUGUUGCAUUUUGUUUUUCUUUUCGUUCUUUUUUUUUUUUCAAGCUUGUUCGCCAGCAAGAAGGCGCAGUUUUGAACGUGUUCUUGGGCAUCCUUUGAAUCACAGACCUUUAGCAAGCCUUUAGCAUUCUUAGUAGCUGGAUUGUAUUCUUAAUUUCAAGUCAGUUACAAAUUGAAAGUUCUUCCUGGUUUAAAACACGAGUCUUUUGCUAUUUGUUAGUAGGAUAUAAAGAGUAAUUAAUAUUUCAGAAUACAUGGAAUAAAAUGUAAAUGCAAAAGUUACAGAAUUAAGGCACAUGCUCAAAAUACAUACCAGUCAAACAGAGGAAACGGUAGUUAAAAAUUAGAGAGAGGUACGCCACAGAACAUGGUAUAAUUUUUGAAUUUUAAAGUAGAAAUAGCUUUUAUGUUAGUGGAUGUUUCGGAGAUCCGCAUAGUUUCUUUUUCGUUUUUGAGUGGUGUUGUAAUCAUUUUAUCGCUAUGUCGUUAAAAUACAGGGCAAAGUUAAUUCGAUGACUUUGAUGCUUCCAAGUUAGUGAACACCAUUUAGGCUAUUUUUAGAACAAGGAAACUGUGUAGCCUGUAGUAAAAGUUCGGAUUGUUUAAAUCAUUUUUUCCUACAAAAAGGUUUUUUUACUAAAAGGUUGUGUUUUUGUAGUUUAAAAAGUGAAGUCCUAAUUCCUGUUAGUAAUUAAUACUAUUAAUACUAAAAGCUCGAUAGCAUUUAACGAUUGCAGAGAUGGGUACAUUGAAAUAGGCCUAAUUAGUUGGUUGGUUGUUACAGCAACGCAGGCAAAAAAAACCCCAAUAAAACCAUGACUUUA